GCCACGCCCACCUCCAUAAACGGCCAGCACAUCACGACGCGACUCCACAACAACCGCCACCACCACUUUCUUUUCCCUUCUUUAUAUCUAGUUCGCUGCCCUGCUUCUCCUCCUCCUCAUCUACAUCUGCAUUGCUCCUAUCGGUCGGAUGGCGGAUUGGGGGCCGGUGGUGAUCGCGGUGGUGCUGUUCGUGGUGCUCUCGCCGGGACUUCUGUUCCAGCUGCCGGCGGGGAAUGGGCGGGUGGUGGCGUUCGGCAACUUGCAGACGAGCGGCCUCUCUAUACUCGUCCACGCUGUCCUCUACUUCGCCCUCAUCACCAUCUUCCUCAUCGCCAUUGGCGUUCACAUCUACACCGGCUAAUGUUUUUUGAUAUCGAAGUUAAUUUGCGUGAAAUCUGUGUGAAUUAUUCUACAUGGCAUGCUCUUUUGGAUUGCACAGCUCGUCGUCUUGCCGGCGAGAUUUUUGUGUAUUUAUCUGUGAUUGAUGGAUGUAGCUGUAUUCUGUA